AUGUCACUCAAGCGGAAAGCUUCGUUCACAGCUCUCCCGACCAGUCCGUCAGUUCCGGCCCCCAGUGAAUGGGGUAUGGUGAUCGAUGGGAACACACACCUCCACAGUCGGACACGAAAGCGCUUCAGAGACGAUCGUCCCAGUGACCAAGUGAUUUACCAAAACACACUACGAUGGAUCUUCUCCGCCCAAAAGCAGCAAGAGUCUACCCAGGCCAUCGAUAUGGAUACCAUGGACUCAGAGCCAACUCUUGAAACAACAGAAACCGUUGACCCCCGACAACAAACAUUACACCGAUUUUUCCAACAAAAACCCCAGCAAUCAUCGUCUUUCCGACCAUCCCGUCAAGCACUUGCACCUCGAGCCAAUGAGACUGCGCUGGCCCAGGAAGAUCUCCUGCGUCGCCAGGCGUUUAAUCAGAUGAGCUCCGGGGACAGCUCGAGCGAGAGCAACAGUCCCGGAUCCAAUCAGAUGGGUGCUGACGUGGACAUGGAUAUGGACAUGAAUUGCAGAGGUGGUAACGAUGUGUUGGAUCAGGCACCCAAGGCCUGGCCUAUAUGGCCUCAGGCACCAAGAAAGUUGUUUGUCCACCCGACGUUCAUCCCUCCUUCAAUUGAACCACAAGCCCAGGGGAAUCCCAAACCGCAAGAUAAAUUACUUAACUUUGCCAACCCCCCGAAUAAUCCGACUCUGUCCUUCCUGCGUCAGAAUCCUUUUCAGCUCGGUUACCCUCAGACUUCAACUCCCCCGCACAUUGGAGGCCUUUCGACUGCUGACACGAACAACGCACCAACCACAAUGGAUCACGAUCAGUCUGUUCAAUACUUGGAAGGCCUGUUGGGUCGCACACUGCGGAUCCAUACCACAGAUACUCGGAUGUUCGUCGGGCUAUUCAAGUGUACCGAUGCGGACCGGAACGUCAUCCUCGCCAACUCUUUUGAAUAUCGUAUGCCCACCACAUCUGCCGUACAAGCCGCCGCAGAGGAGAAGCAGUGGGGAGAAGGGUCGGAAGCAAAGAGCACAACUGUCAAAGUGAACAUGACACACCGGUUGAUAGGCCUCAUUGUGAUUCCAGGACGACACAUUACGAAAAUCGAGCUGGAGUAA